GAGAACGUGACUGUAGUAUUCUUGUUUCUGUCUGUGCUGAAGACCAUUUAAUUACUACUCUAAUGAAACCAGACUUUGUUGUUGUUUUUGUUGCUCGUGUUCUUCUCAAUACACAAUGAGUCUAUCUUUUCUAAUCCCUGACUGGGUACUAGUAUUUCAGAGCUUUCCUGGGAUCAGAAGCAUAGUUCCACUAAAUAGGAUCCAAGAUUUGUCAAACUCACGAUAGUCUUUAAAAUUGUGUCUUUCAUCUUAUUGUGUUUCUCUGUAUCUCCUUACGUAUUGACUAAAUCUUGUCAAAGAAGUCCUUGUAACUCAAAAACCACAGGAAAUCAUUGCAAGGUACUUCAUGAAGACUUCAGAGAGCACAAUAUGCUAUUUCUGAGAGACUGCAUGCCACAGGAUUAGAAACUUCUGUUUCUACUCUGUUUUUAUAGACUAACGGGCAUUGGAAAAGACAGAACAGAAUUUUAGUCAUUGUUAUUGUAAUUUGAUUUUAAUCUCUGGAAUUGAAAAACAUUUUGACCAUUGAUAUGUUACUUGGUUUUUCAGUUUUCAGUUCUGUUCCUGAUCCCUAACUGAAUACACCAAGACUUCAACCACAAAAAUUAGUGCAACAGACGAGAAGCAUUAGGAUAAUGAUAGUGGCCAUAGGUUAGUUUCACAAAAUAGCUAUGAGAGUCCAAGCCCAUGUCUGAUACUGAGUUCAACAUGCAAGCUUCAGAAAACCUUUCUAAUAUUGUCUGCUUGUUAAUUGCAAAAAGGCAGGCUUCCAAAUUGUCUGUCAAAAGAUAUCAAAGAUACAUCUAGAGUAAGAGAGAUUUUUUCUUUUUAUGUUUAUAAGCCUUGAAUUUCAAGUAUAAGAAAUGUUAAACAUUUGAAAUUUUUCAUACAAUGUCCUUCCUUCCUGUGUGUACUUCAAGCGUCUUCCACCCUUGUUUCGAUUAAAUACCAAUGAUUGUAUCAUUAAUGUUUUCCAUUUAAACAGUCCAAAGAAAAACAUCAUCCUUUGAAUGCCUUUUAAAAAUCUCAAUAUAAUUACUCUAAGUAACUGGGCGAGAGAUUGAUUAUUCCUUUUGAUGGUAUUCUCCAGGCAAUAGAUGACAACAAUGUAUGUUGAAAUAGUGCUGACUUAAUCCAGUUGCCUAGUUAUGGUACUAGUGCAGGAAAUUUCUCAGUUAUUUUAUCUGUUUUGAGAGGGGAAAAAUUCAGUAGAAUAAUCUGUUUUAUACUGUUACCUUUAAAGUUCAGAAAACAACAGUUCAAAGAUUAACUGAUCUAAUAAAAUCUUCCAACCACUCUGUAUUUGUACAGUAUCAUGACAAGGUUUGGUUUGAUUCUAAAAAAGAAAACAGGAAAAUUCAGUACUUGCCCAUUGGUACAAAAUUCAGUCACUCUGGAUCACAUAACUUUUGUUAUCAUGACAGAUAUUUACUAUUUUUUAUUUGGAUAACACUGUAAAUUGAAACAGUACUUCCAAAUUAAUUAAGAAACAGCCUUCUGCUAACACUGUGAUAAUGUAAUUUGGAUUGGUGGUAAAGAAGCAGCAUGUGGUUAAAGAAAAAUUAUGUAAUGGAACCCAGAAAAUUUCCUUACAGGAAAUGUUUUUGAAGGAAAGAGGAGUUUUAACCCAACCCAGCAACUAAGCACCAUGCAGUAGCUCGCUCACUCAUUCACCAGUGGGAUCGGGGAGAGGACUGGAAGGAUAAAAGCAAGAAAACUCAUGCGUCAAGAUAAAAACCAGUUUAAUAAGGAAAGCUAAAGCUGGACACACUAGCAAAACAAAACAGGGAAUUCAUUCACCACUUCCCAAGUGUUCAGCCAUCUCCAGGACAGCAGGCCUCCAUCAUGUGUAACAUUGACUUGGGAAGACAAAUACCAUGAACUCAGAAUGUUUCCCCCUUUGUGCUUCUCCCCCCCAGCUCUAUGUGCUGAGCAUGACACCCUGUGGUCUGGAAUAUCCUUUUUGUCAGUUGCGGUCAGCUGUCCCAUCUGUGUCCCCUUCCAACUUCUUGCCCAUCCCCAGCCUCCUCACCGAGGGAUUCGUGUGAGGAGAAAAAAAGGCCUUGGCUCUGAUAAGCACUGCUAAACAAUUACAAAAACAUCCCUGUUUUAUCAGCACUGUGUUCAUCAAAAAUCCCAAACACAGAAUCAUACUAGCCGUUGUGAAGAGAAUUAACUCUAUCCCAGCCAAAACCAGUACAAGGAGACAGGAAAGAGUGCAAGGGAAACUGAGUAAUAGAUGUCAUCUUAGGUGCUGUUCAAUGUGGAAUGGCAUAUCUAUACCAUAUUAGAUAGUUCUUAAAGAGUAAUUGCACUCCAAGAUUUAAAGUGUUCCUGAUUAAAGACAAAUCUGACUGCUUUGAAAGGAAAGUGCCCAUUCUCAUUUAUCUGGAGAAAAUCAAACACCAAUCUGGAGGAAGGUAUAGUUUGUGGUUAAAAUGUGGGAAUCUGAGAUCAGAUGUUGAACUAAACAAAAUGGGCAUUUCAGUGGUAAAAGACAGUAUUGGAAGAGAAAAACAAGGCUAGAAACAGGCAGAAAAAACCAUAAAUAAUUGAUAGGAGGAAGAGAAGUAGGGAACAGAGGGGAAAAAAAGCCAAAGAUGCUAUUUUAAAUAGGAUGUGAGAAGAAGUUAGGUAUUUUAACCACAGUUACUGAACUCUUCAUCUACUGUUGAACUGCUCCCAUUUGGAUGCUUCUCUGCUGCCUUUGCGUUUUGUAUCUGUAUGUUACAUAUGCUGUGAUCCAAAGUUAUAAGUGGGCCCACAGUUAAAUCUGCUUUACCCCUGCAAUUUCUUUAAUGCAGAAAGAUUUUGUUUAAACUAGAUUUCUGCCCAGUCUUGGAGCAGAACAAGACAACUUAGGUAUCAAUUUGGCCUCGUGUGUCUGAGAGAAUCAUCAGAGCACACAGUAAAGCAAGAGAUGUGUCUUGUGUUUGUCUUCAUGCGUGUAGCAAAGCCCCCUUUGGUUACCAUCACAAAAGCAGAAGUUCAUGUAAGGAGAGUGAAUGGACUCAUUAAGGGAAAUAGUGGUGACCUCAUGGAGAUCCAAAGUGCUUGCAAGGGAGUGGGGAUUAAAACACCCAUAUGCUUACUCAGCCUGUGUGGUUUAGCUGGCAUGGAAGCAAAAUAACAAGUUCAUCCCAUAGGAAGAGAGGACAAGACAGUGAGCAAAGGGUCAUUUGGCAUUUCAGAGAAGGGGAUAAAAAGGCACAGUGUCAUGGCCCAGUAAACCUGACUGGAGGUCAGAGCCAGCAGUGCUGAUUGCCUGUUGUAGCUCACUCUUGAGUGUACCCUAUGGCUUGGAGGCUGGUGCUUCCACCUUCUUGUCUCCUUGUCUUAACAUCAGCAAAAUGUGAGGGAUGAUAUUAAUACUUUUGCAGGUAUUUUCUGAUGCUUACUUUAGUAACAUUUUGAAAAAGACAUAGGUACUUGGAAACAUUAAAUUAAUUUAACCAUCUUGUUUGUGCAUUAGAAAUCCUCGUGUACAGCCAUUACACUGAGUGUAGAGAUGGCGGAUUUAAACUGUAACUAAUUUCGUAAAGCCAGCAGCAUGAGCAUUUCCAAGCAAGACAGAGAACAGAAGUGUUAAGAAUGACCUGCACAUUCCUUGGAACUGGUCUCUGAAGUCCUUCAGGCUCCUUUGUGUGGGGAUAAACAGACAGAGACAGACAGAUAUUUGAAGGCACAAGGGAAAGACCAUGAGAGAGACUUUAUGCUCUGUACAUAUAUAUAUAUGUGUAUAUAUAUAUAUAUAUGUAUGUGUACGCAUAGUGCCUAAUAUAUAAUCUUGCUUUAGUAAUAGCAAAUAACCACUCUUAAAUUGUCUGGUUCGAGUGGUAAAGUGGAGAAAAAGGAGGGGGAAAAUUAUGACUUAAUAGUAAUCUGAUGUCAAUUUGCACGUAGGAUGUCUAACAGUUCUUCGGUGUGCUCACAUUUGGGAGAAGACAGGAAGACUAAAUCAAGGUGGAGUGCACCCCUUGGAAUGUAUUUAUACUCCUUAUAUACUGUAGAGUGACAAGACAUGAGGCUAAAGUGGGGACAUUAGGCAGUGGGGCAGGAAGUGAGAUGGAGCAUGCUCUGUGGCCACUGUUGCUACGAUGUUUCUUUUUAAAUUUUUUUUCUUCCUCCCACCCUUUGCCUUUCCCCUUCUCUGCACCCCAUCUCUUUUAUGUUUUUGCCUGUUGCUCUGUCUGAGCCUGGAGAAGCUAAAGGAAAGCAGUACUGAUGAGGGGCUCCCUGAACUAACUUCACCAGCACUGCAGUGAUAACACCCACCAUUGCCAGUCAGAUAUGAAUAUAGUAGGUGCUUGGAAGAGAGGUUACACUGGAAAGAAUGUUGUGGUCACCAUCCUAGAUGACGGCAUCGAAAGAAACCAUCCAGACUUGAUGCAGAAUUAUGAUUCACAAGCCAGUUUUGAUGUUAAUGGAAAUGAUUUUGACCCUAUGCCUCGAUAUGAUGCCAGCAACGAGAACAAGCAUGGAACCCGUUGUGCUGGAGAAGUGGCAGCCACAGCAAACAACUCACACUGCACAGUAGGAAUCGCCUUUAAUGCCAAGAUUGGAGGUGUACGGAUGCUGGAUGGAGAUGUGACAGAUAUGGUAGAAGCAAAGUCUCUAAGCCUUAAUCCCCAGCACAUCCACAUUUACAGUGCCAGCUGGGGGCCUGAUGACGAUGGUAAGACUGUGGAUGGUCCUGCUUCUCUAGCACGUCAGGCCUUUGAGAAUGGCAUCAGAAUGGGUCGAAGAGGCUUAGGUUCAGUUUUUGUUUGGGCAUCUGGAAAUGGUGGAAGAAGUCGAGACCACUGCUCCUGUGAUGGCUACACCAAUAGCAUCUACACUAUUUCAAUAAGCAGCACAGCUGAAAGUGGGAAGAAGCCAUGGUAUCUGGAAGAAUGUGCAUCCACACUGGCUACAACAUACAGCAGCGGGGAAUCCUAUGACAGGAAAAUAAUCACCACAGACCUGAGGCAGCGUUGCACAGACAGCCAUACUGGAACUUCAGCCUCUGCACCUAUGGCUGCAGGCAUCAUUGCCCUGGCACUGGAAGCAAAUCCAUUUCUGACCUGGAGAGACAUACAGCACAUUAUUGUCAGGACUUCACGUGCAGGACAUCUGAAUGCUAAUGACUGGAAAACCAAUGCAGCUGGCUAUAAGGUGAGCCACCUCUAUGGAUUUGGACUGAUGGAUGCUGAAGCAAUGGUGAUAGAAGCAGAAAAGUGGACAACAGUCCCUCCACAGCAUGUGUGUGUGGAGAACACAGAUCGGCAAAUCAAAACAAUACGACCUGACAGCGUUGUCCGUUCAAUUUACAAAGCCACUGGCUGUUCAGAUAAUCCUAACCACCAUGUGAUCUACUUGGAGCAUGUGGUUGUGCGCAUCACUAUUACUCACCCUCGGCGUGGAGACUUGGCAAUUUACCUAACCUCUCCAUCUGGAACUAGGUCACAGCUCUUGGCCAACAGGCUAUUUGAUCAUUCCAUGGAAGGAUUCAAAAACUGGGAGUUUAUGACUACUCAUUGCUGGAGUGAAAAAGCAGCAGGUGACUGGAUCUUGGAAAUCUGUGACACUCCAUCUCAGCUGAGAAAUUUCAAGACUCCAGGCAAAUUGAAAGAGUGGUCCUUAGUACUGUAUGGAACAUCCAUCCAGCCUUACUCACCAAGAAAUGAUUUUCCGAAAGUGGAAAGAGUGCGCUCUAGUCCAGUUGAAGACCCUACAGAAGAUUAUGCAACAGACGACUAUUCAGGUCCCUGCAAUGCAGAAUGUAGUAAAGUAGGUUGUGAUGGGCCAGGACCAGAUCAUUGUACUGACUGUCUUCACUAUUACUACAAAUCUAAGAACAACACAAGGAUCUGUGUUUCGACCUGCCCACCUGGUCACUACAAUGCAGACAAGAAACGAUGUAAAAAGUGCUCACCCAAUUGUGAAACCUGUGUUGGAGGCCAUAAUGACCAGUGCAUGACCUGUAAAUCUGGCUACUACCUGAAUGAAGUAACCAAUAGCUGUAUUACCAACUGCCCUGAUGGGUUUUACCUGGAUAAGAAUAAGAUUGUUUGUCGAAAAUGUAGUGAAAACUGUAAGACCUGUGUUGAAUUCCAAAUCUGCACAGAAUGCAGACAUGGCCUAAGCUUGCAUGGCACUAAAUGUGCUAUCCGCUGUGAAGAAGGAAAAUACCAUAAUGGCAAAGAAUGUGAAACAUGCCACCGUUCUUGUGCAACAUGUGCAGGUGCUGGAGUAGAUGCCUGUAUAAACUGCACACAGGGUUAUUUUAUGGAAGAUGGAAGAUGUGUGCAGUCUUGUAGUAGUGGUUAUUACCUUGAUCACUCUACUGAAAGUGGAUACAAAAGCUGCAAAAGAUGCGAUGCCAGCUGUUUGGAUUGUAGUGGUCAAGGAGACAGAAACUGUACAAGCUGUCCAAGUGGCUAUAACCUAGACACUGGUGCCUGCGUGAUGGGAACAGUAUGCAAGGAUGGGGAAUAUCUUGAUGAUUCCCAAGAAUGCCAGUUGUGUGAAGCAUCCUGUCAGAAGUGCACUGGACCUGAGUCAGACAACUGCAUCAGCUGCCUACUUACAAGAGUCUUUGACGAUGGUCGCUGUGUUGUGCAAUGCCCUAGAGGAAAGUUUGAAUUCAAAGGACAAUGUCAUGUGUGCCAUCACACCUGCCUGGAUUGCAGUGGAAGUGAACCUAACAAAUGCACCUCUUGUGGAACAGACAGAAGAGGGACUGAACGUUUCUUAUAUCGAGGGGAGUGCAGAGAGGGCUGUCCUCCAGGUCACUACCAUGCAGAGCAUACCUGUAUGCCUUGUUCUGGCCACUGUGAGGUGUGCCUGAACUCCCAUCACUGUAAAAGAUGUUUCAGAGGCUACUACCUUACUGAAAAUAUGUGUCAGAAGCAUAGUUGUAAAGAAGGUGAAGUGGAAGAUCCUGACUCUGAAGACUGCAUACCAUGUUCAGAUGGAUGCCAGCAUUGCAAAGAGGAUGAUCCAAGAACCUGUAUAACAUGCAUUCAGAACUAUUAUAUGUAUAAGCAGUAUUGCUAUAAAUACUGCCCAGAAAACACCUACAGAGAUGAAGGUUCUCUGCAGUGUAGAGAUUGUCCUAGCAACUGUGAUAGCUGUGACAAGGACAAAUGUGACUCCUGUGAGGAAGGCUUUUAUCUCUCAGGUGGCACAUGUGUGAGUGAGUGUGGAGACGGCUUCUUCGCUGACGACAUCUCUAGAGAAUGCGAACCUUGCCACAGGAACUGUGCAACCUGUGUUGGGUACAGUCAUGAGAACUGUACUGGGUGCAAAAACAGUUUCCAGUUAUCUCAUGGGCAGUGUCUGAAUCCAAGAAAUUCUCAGUCAGUGGGAAAGUUCUGGAGCCAUGCAAAAAGGAAAUUGCUGUCCUGUGACUCUUCAUGUAGGACCUGUGAGAAAUCUGCUGAUAUGUGUACUACAUGUCCAGAAGGAAAAUUUCUUAUCCAUGAUACCUGUGUUUCUCUGUGCCCUCAAAAAACUUUUGGCAACAUUGCAAGUGGAAAGUGUGAGAUGUGCAGGGAUGGUUGUGAGGUAUGUUCUGACCAAUGGCAUUGUCAGAAGUGUCAGGCUGAACAGGACAAGCUUCUCUUCCUCCACAAAGGCAGAUGUUUACUGGAGUGCCCUGAUGGAUAUUUUAAUGAUUCUGGGACUUGCAAGGAAUGCAGUGGAUCCUGUAAGACAUGCACAGGAAAUGCAACCAAAUGCCUGUCCUGUAAAAGCCCUUUGCUUUUGGAGAACUGGAAAUGUAAACCUACCUGUUCAGAGAAGCAUUUUGCCUCUGAAGGAAUCUGCAAACACUGCCCUGAAAUGUGUCAGGAAUGCAUUCACAAUGAAAUAUGCAAAGAGUGUAUGGACCAGUUCCUCCUGCACGAGGGGAAGUGUGUGCAGGAAUGCCCUUCACACUUCUAUGCUGAAGACAAGCACUGCUUUCCCUGCCAUGCCGACUGCAAGGAUUGCAAUGGGCCAGAUUCCAACGACUGCACAGCAUGCACCUUCAGCUUGUUUGUCCUCUACAAUGGCAUGUGUUUUGAAGAAUGCCCUGAAGGGAGUUACUAUGAAGAAGCCACUGGAGACUGUCAAGCAUGCAACAGGAUAUGCCAGACUUGUUCUUCUUCCAAUGCCUGCCUUACUUGCAGAAAUGGCCAGAUACUGAACCGUGAUGGGCACUGUGUGGUAUCUGAGUACUGCUCUCCCACUGAGUUCUACGCUGAGGAAACUCAGACUUGCAAGUCUUGUCACAAGAAAUGCUUCCACUGCUCAGGACCCACUGAACACCAGUGUCUUAGCUGUGCAAAUAACCACUAUCUUCUUGAUACAACCUGUGUUGAAACAUGUCCAGAUGGAUAUUAUGCUGAUAGUGACGAGGGGCAAUGUUCUGCAUGUCACAGUGCCUGUGUCACUUGCACUGGAAGAUACAGCUCACAGUGCCUUUCCUGCAAACCGGGUUGGUACAGACAAGGAAAAGGAUGCGUAAACCAGUGUCCAUCAGGGUAUUUUGCACAAAAUUCCACUGGCUUAUGUGAGAGAUGCCACAAGAGUUGUAAGGAGUGUACGGGACCUCAACCCACAGAUUGUCUUUUAUGUGAUACAUAUUUCUACCUGUUGCACUCGAAGAAUGAAUGUGUUAGCUCUUGUCCUCAGUACUACUAUGAAAACAAGGACAACAAUGUCUGUGAAAGAUGCCACCCUUCCUGUCUAACUUGUGAAGGAAAGGGAGCAUUCAGCUGCACAUCUUGCGUAUGGAGCUACAGUUUAUUAGGUGGAAUGUGCAACUCGGACUGUUUUGUAGGUGAAUACAAAGUCCAGGAGACACCGGGACAAGAGGAGGAUGAACCCAAGUGUGAGAAAUGCGACAGCUCAUGCACUGAGUGCAAGGGACCUGGUCCUCUCAACUGCACAGUCUGUCCAGCUAGCAUGCAGCUCUACCUAGAGGAAAGCCGCUGCCUGCCCUGCUGCAGUGACUCUGAUCCAGCAGGCAACACAGAGUGCUGUGACUGCAGUGAAACACAAGAUGACUGUGUGUUACAGAACACUGUACCCCCCAAGAGAAAAAGCAAAACUACUUUCUUUGUUAUCAUUUGCAUUUUGCUUCUCCUUGUCAUUGGAGCCAUUGUAUUCAUCUGGAGAAGAUCAAGAGCCAAAACCCAGGUUGUCAAUAAAGGUGGGUAUGAAAAACUGACAAAUCACUCCAAAACCUUUCCUUCCUCUGUGAGCAACUACCACAAGAGUCCCAGUUACCAGGAGGAUCAAGUGAUUGAGUACAGAGAUAGAGAAAAUGAGGAUGAUGAUGAUGAAGAAGAUGACAUUGUAUACAUGAGCCAGGACGGCACAAUCUAUCGCAAAUUUAAAUAUGGACUUUUGGAGGAUGAUGAGGAAGAUGAACUUGAAUAUGAUGAUGAAAGUUAUUCAUUUAGAUAAGUUUUUACUAACUUACUAGUAGUAAAUUGGUACUGCUCUGUUGUUUUUCUUAUGAAAUUACAGCAAUUUAGUUAAGUAUAUUUAGUUACUUGAUAGCAUGCUGACCUCCAAAUUUUUUGCUAAUAGUUAUUGUGAGAGCAGAAUGGUUUCUAAAAACAUUUUUUCUUAAAGCUUUGCAUAAAUCCUUUCUAGACUUUUAAAUAUCACUCCAGAUAUAGUCUGGUUAAGAGAUUAUGUUUCUGUGCAUUUGUGUGGAGAAUAAUUCCUUUCCCAAUAUGUAUUUGUGUGCAUUAUAAGUAAUACAAACUUUGCUUCAAAUCAUGCACACACACUUAUUAAGAACCUUGUCAAUCACUACCAGAAAUGUGAUAAGCAAAAUGAAUUUGAUAAGCAAAAUGAAUGUAUCUACCUUAUGAAUGCCACUGGGAUAGGGUGACAGUAGUUUACUACUUUGUGAUUAUAGUUACUCAGCAGUUCAUGAUAGAGUAGGUAACUUGGCUGACUUUACCUAGGUUUUCUUCAUUGGCGUCACCUGGUGCAUCUGUGUUCCCUGAAGCCAACACGUUUCUCUUUAUAACCCUUAUAGCACUCUUUCCAGGGAAUUUGGGCAUCUAUGAUGUGAAGUUUUAAGAUUUCUGAUGGUGACUAUUCCUCACAACCAUACGGUAUUCACAGUUUAUAUGAAAUAUAACUGAAAUAUUUUAUAUAUCAGCCUCUGAUUAAAACUUACCGUGAGUGUUUGUCAACUAAUCUUUCAUUGUACUAGAUUUACCACAAAGGGGAGUAUUGUUAAUAAGCGUGGCGUACACAUACAUGUGCCCCAAGCAGCUUUUCUAUUUCUGUUAGAAAUGGCUCAGGGUGUUCAGAAAAGAGCAAAGGGGAUAUUUAACACUUAUUUGAUAACUUGAAAGAACACAGAAAUAUGAUUUUUAAUUAUUAUUAUUAUUAUGAUAAAACAUUUUAAAGAAAAGUAUGCUUUGUGGCCCUUUGUUGUGAAAGAAUAAAUCCUUU